AGCUAUACAGUUUUGGUUCUGUAGAAUUAUUCGAGUUGAACUGAGUCUGAAGCAAUCAGAAGCAAUUCGGCACUUUAAUUACACUAUAAUUAAAUAAAAAUCAUUUCUUCAAAAUAAAACAGUAGAAAUGUCUGCGUGGAGACAAGCAGGAUUAAAUUAUAUCAAUUACUCGCAAAUUGCUGCCAAGCUUGUAAGACAAGCUUUGAAAUCUGAUUUAAAGGUUGAAGCUUCAAAGCGUGAUGAAACAAGUAUAAAAUUCACACAGUGGAAAGAUGGUAAACCUGCUACGGAAAGGGAAUAGUAAUGGGAGUUUAAAAACUAUAAGUUAUGGUAUCACAGAUGAGCAAAGGAGUUAUUCUCUUUCAAACAUGCUUAUGCCCAAGCAUUUGAAUUGUAUGUAACAAAAGAAAAGAAAGUCAAAUAAAUUAGUAAUUUAUGUAUUGAAAUAGGGAAUAAAUGUAUCUCUUACAAUA